ACAUUUUGACAUUUCCCAGUUGCCCGAAUUGCCUCAGCAGUUCAGUAUUGAAAAGCUAUACUUCUCCACCAGGAAACUCAACAAAUCCAAAAUGCUGCUCUACUUGGUUUAUAGUGUACUGGAAGCCAUUUCGAAUGCGGUCUACACCACAGUGACCACCAUUUGGAGCAUUGAACAAGACCUAAUCAACCUGAUGAUGUCCACAUUUCUGUUUGUGCUUGGCAUAGUCUGUCACCCGAUAAUGGUGAUUCCCACAUUGCUGGGGGGCUACUAUAUUUUACGCAACUGUUGGUACCGUCGGGCCAAGAACCCGAGGCUGGACAGUUCCGUGGGUGGCGAUGGCGGACUGAUGGCAGGAGCACGUCAAGUGCCACGUAUUCCCUCUUAUCGCAGCUUCACUGUUGGCAAUGACACUUUCAAAGACGACUAACAAGAAGGAUCCAGCGCGACACGCAAACACUGAAUGUUAUAUAUAAUCUUCAGUUACACACGUUGGCAAAUACAAAAGUGGGCGUUCUCAAAA